AUGAAACAACGUCGUCUUCAGCCCGAGGACUACAGGAUCGGAUGGAUUUGCGCUCUUCCCAUUGAGCUGCAGGCCGCGUCAGAGAUGCUCGACGAGGAGCAUCAUGACCUUCCCCGAGAUGCAAAUCAUCCGAACAUUUACACUCUCGGCCGUGUUAACCACCAUAAUAUUGUCAUCGUGUGCUUACCUGCUGGCCAGAUCGGGCCCAGUUCUGCCGCUACGGUCGUCGGCCAGAUGAAGUCCAAGUUCCCGCUCAUGGAACAUAUGUUAAUGUUCAAUAUGACUUCGGCAAUUCCCUCCCAAUUCAGCAGUUUACGGGAUAAGGCAGGGUCUGAUUUCCUGUUUGAAUCGACUUACGAACACACUGGAGGAACUGCAUGUGACGUUUGCAGCGGAGAUAGGUUGGUGUUUCGAAGAGAGCGGGAAAAUGAGGAUGUCGUGGUACACUAUGGCACAAUAGGUUCCGGGAGUCAAGUCAUAAGAGAUGGUGUCACCAGAGACAAGCUCAGCUCAGAGCCAGGCGGAGUGCUCUGUUUUGAAAUGGAAGCAGCAGGUGUGAUGAGCCGUUUUCCAUGUCUGGUCAUACGAGGGAUCUGCGACUAUGCCGAUUCACAUAAGAACAAGACGUGGCAGCCUUAUGCAGCAGCAACUGCAGCGGCAUUUGCAAAGGUACUUCUAUCAGUGAUUCCUGCCGCCGAUGUCCGUCGUUUAAACUAUGGACCAGAGUCCGAUUGGGACAAGUUGCUGCCAAUCGCUUCCGAGGCAACCUUCAACUCAUACGAGAAGCGACAUCACUCCUUCUGUCUCCCGGACACGCGAGUCGCCGUGCUCGACGAGAUCUAUGCGUGGGCUGACGGAGAUAGCGAACAACGCAUCUUCUGGCUGAAUGGUAUGGCCGGAACUGGAAAAUCCACGAUUGCGCGUACCGUCGCCCGCAAAUGUUACGAAGUGAAGAGGCUGGGGGGUAGCUUCUUCUUCUCAAGAAGUGUUGGAGACGUCAGUCAUACUGGCAAGUUCUGUACGACGAUUGCCUGGCAGUUAGCAAAUGCUUUCCCAGCACUCCAUACCCUCAUUCAUGCAGCAAUUAUGGAGAAUAGGGAUAUCGCCAACCAGACUCUACGCGACCAGUGGUAUCAGCUCAUCUUGCAGCCCCUCUCAAAUUUCAGCAAGAAUACGUCUCAACCUUCACUUAUCAUUGCGAUAGACGCCUUGGAUGAGUGUGAUGGAGCCAGCGACGUCAGGUUGCUUCUUCGGCUCAUUGCCGAGGCAAAUGGAAUUAUGAAGUUCCGAAUCUUCAUCACAAGUAGGCCAGACACGCCAAUACGCCUCGGUUUUCGUGCUCUACCGGGAAUUCUAUACCACGACCUAAUCCUCCAUGAUAUUUCCCGGGCUAUUGUCGACCAUGACAUACGGAUGUUUCUAGACGCCCAGUUCAAGGCGAUCAGGGAGGAUUCUGAAUAUCCUCUGGCGGACUGGCCCGAAAAAGGCACGGUAGAUAUUCUCGUGCAAAAGGGGGGCGGCUUAUUCAUCUAUGCGGCCACUAUUUGUCGCUUCAUAACAACCAAUGAGAAGUGGCCGCCACGAAGACUCCUUGAGAUUUUUCUAACUCCGCUGCGUCCCGAUCUCUCGCGUGCCAAUGUUCGCCAAAUUCCUUUGGCCAGUCCUACUUCGGAGCUUGAUGCCAUGUACACGCAAAUUUUAAUGAACUCAUUCAUGGGCGUCACACAAGACGAAGAGGAGCUUUCCUUAGAAUUUAAGCAGAUUGUUGGUUCCAUUGUCCUCCUCUCGGAACCUUUAUCUCCUGCUGCCCUGGGGACGCUAUUAGACAUCGAUGAAGAGACGGUAUACGUGAGGUUGCGUGAUUUGCGUUCGGUCAUUAGGGUGCAAGAUGAUCGGAACUCGCCGGUCCGCUUAUUACACCCCUCAUUUCGUGAUUUUCUCCUAGAUAAUGGGAGAUGUAAGGAUCCGCUCUUCCAAGUGGACGAGAGAAAAGGACAUCAAUUCUUAGCAAGAUGUUGUCUCAACCAACUUUCGAGUCCUGCUGGACUUAAAAGGGAUAUCUGCGGCCUAGAAUGGCCUGGUACUCUCAUAGAGGAUGUUGACAGAUCUGAAGUCGCCGGGAAACUGCCGACUGAAUUGCAGUAUGCGUGUCGAUAUUGGGUCCAGCACCUUCAGCAUGGCGAGCAACCCCUUGAUGACAAUGGCGGUGUUUAUGCAUUCUUGCAGCAGCACUUGCUCCAUUGGCUUGAGUCCCUCGGCCUGAUUGGAAAUUUAUCCGAUAGUGUAAAGAUGGUCAUUGCAUUGCAGUCUAUGGUGGCACUAAUCCAUGACGCACGGCGGUUCAUCCUCUAUAACAGGCCAAUCAUUGAAAAGGCACCUCUCCAGCUAUAUUCUGGGGCUCUCGUUUUCGCGCCACAAACUAGUGUAAUCCGGAGACAGUUUCUGGACCAGGCAUUUCAAUGUAUUCAUCACUUGCCGGAAGUGGAAGAGUAUUGGUGCUCAGCUAUUAUGACGUUGGAGGGCUAUACAACCACAAUCUGGUCAUUGGUAUUUUCACCAGACAGCCAGUUACUAGCUUCCACAUCCGCCAAUAACAUAGUCAAACUCUCACAUACGGCCACCGGAGCGUUGUCUAUGACUUUUGAGGGCCAUUCAGAUUGGGUCUUCGCGAUGACCUUUUCACCAGAUGGGAAGCUCCUUGCCUCGGCAUCAGAUGACGGAACGGUCAAACUUUGGGAUGUGGAAAUUGGAGAGUUACACAAAACUCUUAGCGAAGCCACUUAUUGUUCUCCUCUCAAAGCCCCAGUGACUCGUGGCAGUGCUUCGGUGGCCUUUUCACCUGAUGGACAGCUGUUUGCCUCUGCAGCGCCCGACAGAACAAUCCGGCUUUGGAAUCCAAGAACUGGUUUGCUGCUCAGUACCUUUACGGGGAUAUGCCCUAUAGUAUUCUCACCGGACAGCCAACUACUUACUUCCGUACCAGCCGACAAAGUAGUUAGCCUCCGGAAUGCAUCCACCGGAGUGUUAUCCCUUACUCUUGAAGGUCAUUUAAAUUGGGUCGUUGCCGUGGCCUUUUCACCGGAUGGGCGACUCUUUGCCUCUGCCUCAUGCGAUACUACGAUCAAACUCUGGAAUUUGGCCGUAGGAGCGUGCUGCAACACCCUCCAAGGUCAUUCAGAUUGGGGUCCUACAGUGUCCUUUUUACAGGAUGGGCAGCUCCUUGCCUCGACAACACCUAGUGGUACAGUGGAACUUUGGGAUGUGAAGACGGGAGAGUUACGUAGGACUCUAAAGGCACGACAUGUAACAUUUUCCCCUAACGGACAGCUCCUUGCCUGCACACCAUAUGACUUCAUGAAGGGCGGCUCCACAAUCCAACUUUGGGACAUCGAGACGGGAGAGUUGCGCGAAACUCUAAAAGGCCACUCGUGUUCAGUCGGGCCAUUAGCCUUCUCGCCCAACGGUCAGCUCCUUGCCUCUGGGUCGGAAGAUGAGACCGUCCGGCUUUGGGACUUAAGGACUAGAACAUUGCAAGGUCAUCAGCAUCACUCAGCUCGCGUAUCAGCAGUGGCCUUUUCACUGGACGGCAAGCUUCUUGUCUCAGCAUCCCUGGAUGGCACAGUUAAGCUGUGGGAUUCGGGAACGGGCGUGUUGAUCGACACCUUUAAGGGUCAUUCCAAGUCGGUUUUCGAUAUUGCCUUCUCAUCUACUGGCGAACUCCUUGCUACGGCAUCUUCGGAUAACUCGGUAAUAUUGUGGAAUUUGAAACUGCGAAUGUUGAUCCACACUCUUCUGGGUCAUUCUAGCUCGGUAUUCGACGUGGCUUUUUCAUCCGAUUGUCGGCUGCUCGCUUCCGCGUCAGACGACAAGACUGUUAGGCUCUGGGAUGUGGAAAAUGGAGUGCCAUACGAUAGCCCUUAUCAUCAUCCAGGUCAAGUUACGACAGUGGCCUUUUCACCUAAUGGACAGCUCCUUGCCUCCGUGUCGGCCGGAACAGGUCCUCCGACGGUGAGGAUCUGGGAUUUGUCCUCAAGAUCAGUACUUGGCACCUUUACAGAACGCACUCGUGCGAUUUGGGCAAUGGCCUUUUCACCCAAUGGAGAGCUCCUUGUGUCUACAUCAUAUAAUAAGGAGGUCAUGCUCUGGCCCAUUAGAUCAGGACGAAUGAUCAAGAGAAUCUUUGUUGGAUGCGAAAUCCGUGAGCUCUCGUUUUCUUCUGAUGGUUCACUUAUCAACACGGAUCGUGGUGCAUUAGAGCUUCGCAGUCUCCAACACUCCAAUGAUGAACCAUUCUCAAUUCAGUCAUGCUUAUAUAUUAAAGACCGGUGGAUUGCCUUGGGAACAAAAAAUGUCCUAUGGCUUCCCCACGACUAUCGAGCGGCACGUUCAGCUGUUCAAAGCGACACCGUUGUAUUGAGACAUGCUUCUGGCAGAUUUUCUCUUGUAAAAUUCGACUUGGACGCUAUUGUCCGUAUGGACCUCGCGAGUCAAGAAUCGAGGGUCUUCAAGCAUCGUUUGGCGAAGCGGAAAAUGGCCAGCAAGGAAAGCGAAUUAUAUGUCGACGGCAUUUAUAUUCCAUGCAAAAAGAUGAACAAAGAGACUGCACGACAUGACUCCCCUCCUCAAGAACGAUAUGGUCAAAGCCAGCGCAUUCCCCCUACUACUAUCCAACACCCCAGCCUGUUCGCUUCCUCGCUUGAAAUCAUUCCUCGAUUCGGUCGAACUGACUUUCUCGGCAUGCUUGAUCAGGGCUGCGACACAUCUGCAUACACCGUCGGGGAGUGCUAUCAGACGUGGCACAAACAAAACUUGAAGGAACUGCAACGCUGGGAAUGCAACCCGGUUUUCAAAUGCGACGGAUCAUCAUGGAGAAUAACCUUCUAUCCAUUCGGAUAUCACAAGGAUCACAUGUCCUUGCAUCCCCAGCUUGUGGAUGAUAGAAUGGAACCAGAAAAUUCGUAUGUCUGUGUCCAGUUUGCACUUAUCCUGUGGAGUCCGAGCCAAUCAUUCAAAUUUGCCCCCCCAGUUGCGAACCAUCGUUUCAAUAUUUGCGAAGAGGAUUGGGGUCUGCUAUUCCAGCAGCACCCUUGGGAAGACCUUCAAGACUCUCCAGGUGUGGAGAAUGAAGAAGUCAACAUCACAGCCCAUGUUCGAGUCGUUAAGGACCCCAGAUGUGUAUUACGGCCUAGUACCCAGACUUACAACUCAAAGAAAGAGACGGGAAUGGUCGGCUUGAUAAACCAAGGUGCGACUGGUUCUAUCAACACCAUUUUACAGUCUCUGUACUUCAUCAAUGCAUUUCGAAAGGCAGUGUAUCAGAUCCCUACAGAGAAAACUGCAACGGCUGAUAUUGCAUGGGCACUCCAACGUCUAUUCCUCUCAUUGCAGACAAGUAAUACCCCCGUCUCAACACGGGAAUUGACCAAUUCGUUCUGCUGGGAUUGGAAAGAAUGCUUCAAACAGCGAGACGCUUUUAAUUUAUUAAACGAGCUGAUAGCGCGGCUUGAGAAGAGAAUCAAAGGAACUCCGGUUGAAGACGCGCCGUCGGAUCUCUUCUUCGGGAAACAGAAAACUUAUAUCCGGUGUGUCCACGUCGAGCUCGAGUCAUCACGGCUAGAGCAAUUCUUCUCUCUUGGUUUACAUGUUGGGGGCUGUCGCUCCCUAGAUGCCAGUUUUCGAGAGUUUAUUAAAAUCGAGUGGGUCCAUAAAUACUACACUGGACAACGAUACGGAUUCCAGGAUGCUACAAAGGGCAUUGUUUUCGAAAUGCUCCCUCCCGUUCUUUUUCUUCGGUUGAAUCGAUUCAGAUAUGAUGUCGACCGCGAUGCAUUGACGAUACUUCACGACUACUAUGAGUUUCCGGAAGAGUUCGAUGCCGCUCCAUAUCUUUCGGCUCGUGCACGCGAUUUCGGACCUUGGACGUACUUACUGGUCAGUGUCAUCGUGCGUGAGGGUGACGAUAUCGACGACGGCUAUUACUAUGCAUUCCUGCGCCCGACAAAGGAUGGUUCAUUCUAUAAAUUCUACAACGACCGAGUCACUCCAGCAGCAUUAAAGGACGUUACCGAGGCCAAUUUUGGAGGAAACCAAAAUAAGCGACAUGUGAGCCCGGCAAUACUAAUCUACAUUCGAAAGUCACGAUUAGAUGAUGUUUUCGACGGUGCUGCAAAGCAUAACGCUUCUGACCAAGACUGCGGCAUAGUAUGA